UGUAUAGAAUGAAAUCAAGGAAAACGCUCAUUUGGCUUAAUUUCGAGCAAUAAGACGGAUAAAUAGGUAACCUAGAGCAGGUAUAAUUCACACAGCCGAUUUAACGAUGACGUAAGAGUUCCCAACAGCAACCUGGGGCUGCCUCUGGGUGACGUCAGCGACUAAACAACAACAAAAUAAAUAUCAGCUGGCAGUGCGCGUGAGGAGCGGGGAGCGGGCUCGCGAAUCGUCUGCUAUGGCUAAUCAGAGUGGAUGCGUGGAUGCUUCAGAGGUGGAGCCGGUGGGCAAGAGCGCCGACUGCGAGACUUCUUCCAGACCACUCAACUCAGGUGGAAGAGAGAUGGCGGUGAAAGAGGAAGAGCAACCUACCGGAGUCCGACACCCUGCAGGCAAUUAUGCGUGUCGAAUAUCAAAGCUGAUUAACUGGAAAAGACCAUUAUGGACUUCCGCUUUCUUCGUAACUACAAAUAUAGCGUUUUGGUUUGUUUCCCUCAGUCCCUGUCGAAUGUUCAGCUUUAUCUCCAUAUGUGUAGCUCUGUUAGUGAUAAUACAGCUAAUGAGAGAUGUGGCUCUUUCCAGAUCAAGAGGAGCUGCUCUAUGGAAGAGUAUGACAAGCAGCUGGGAGGUCAUUGAUUCUGUCCAGGAGGGCAAGUCUGGAUCUGAAUCUCCUUUUACAGACUUCUGGACAAGCCUCAAGCUGUUCAUUGAGGAGACUUCCUCUUUUAAGCAGCAGAAUCCAGGCAAGUUCUGUCUGCUGGUGUGCAGUAUGUGUUCUUUUCUGGCAAUACUUGGACGUUACAUUCCAGGGGUUGUUAUUUCAUACAUCUUAGUGCUGGGCAUUUUUCUCUGGCCUUUGAUGUCGUCACAUGAGUUUGGGAUGUGGUUGGAACCAGUUCUGCAGAAACUGGACUUUGGAGUGGGCGAGUUCAUUCAGAAAAUUAAGGAGAAUCAUGAGAAAAGGAUACUCCAGUCACAAGCCGAGAGAGAGAACAUUGAAGCAGAUCUGUCCGCACUUUUCCCCAAGAUGGACUCCACUGUGUGCAAAGAGCUGUCUAUAUCAGACACAGAGGUCUCUGAAGUAACGUGGACAGACAAUGGCACUUUCAACCUUUCAGAGGGAAACACACCUCAGACAGAGAACUCUGAGGACUCAGACCCGCGAAGUGACGAGGAAGUCUUCGCCGGUGGACUACCAGAGUUUCCCUCCAUGGACAAUGGCGUAGUGACAAACGGAGAGGACGAUGAAGACCUGAGCAUUGGAAUGCCCACCCCUCCAGCCCAUCCCAGCAGGGUUGGGUCCACACAGUCAGAGGAAGAACCUGUGGUCCAGGCCCUGGAGGUUGUGCAGAGGCUGGCAGGAGAGGUAAUUACGGCAGCUGUCACAGCGGCCAUGCAGGAACGCCUGGAGGCGGCGGUAGCGCCUGCGCUGGUCCAGGCCCUGGAGGAGGAGUCAGACAGCGAGGCAGAGGACUUUGAGUUGUUGGACCAAUCAGAGCUGGAACAGCUGGAAGGUGAACUGGGGCUGGACCAGGCGAGCCGUGCAGAUCCGUCUAAACCUAGCCAACCUUCUUCAGGCUUACUGUCCAAACUUCUGGGGCGCCACUGAUCUUAUUCAGAGGGGCGUCCGCUUCCCUCUGUGAUGGGAUGUGGGUGGGAGGAUAAAUGUCAGGUUUACAGGGCAAGGUCCAGAGUAAAAACAAAGUCAGUCUUUGGAAGGGAGGUUAAUUGUGUAUUUCACGGGGAAUGCAAUAGUGGCUGGUUUUGGCAUAGCUCCAUCUCAGUUGGUCAUUUGAGGAAAUUAUUUUCACAAUGUUUCCUGUCAACUUCCAACCCGCCAAUGACCAGAGGGUUAUGGACCAGAGUAAUGUCAUUAGUUUAGCUGUUAAAAGGCUGGCAGAUGCAGGAUACUCCAUAUUUUGCUGCCAAAUAUUUGUCUCUAUUCAACUUAAAACGCUUCAUGGCCAAAAAGAAAGGGUCUCCCACUAACUGACAAUCAGGACAGCCCUUAAAUGACAGAAACACCUUGAAGUGAAGUACACAUCUGGUGAAUAUGUAUUUGAAAUCUUUUGUUUUCUAAUUUUCUUUUUUUUAUUGUAUUUUUUUAUGAAGGAUUUUUGAAAAGCCGGUGGUCUUAGUGAAAUCCUUUGCAUGGAUUGGAUAAUCAUGUUUGUUUCGAUUUGCACCUUUUUUAGAGUGAACCAACUAGGCACUAGAGCAGAUAGUCAUCAAAGUUGAACAGAUUAUGUUUUAUAUUCAUAUAAACAUUCAUCAAAUACUGCUUAAAGAGAUGGUUUACCUAAAAAUUAGUAUUCUGCCAUCAGUGGUGUUUAAUAUUGUUUUGGACCCCUUUGACUUUCAUUUUAUAGAUCAAAUCAAAACAUUCUUCAAAAUAUCUUCUUUU